AUGUCGGUGCCCGAAGAGCAGAUGCAGUUCUUUCGCAAGAAUGGCUACUUGAUUCUUCGUAAUGUCCUAUCCGAAGAAGAGACCAAGGAUCUCCAGCGAUGGGCGCAGGAAGUCCAUGACUGGCCAACAGACGCAAACAGUCCCUGGAUGCCGUACGAGGAAAUCAAUGCUCAAGGGCAGACCGUGUUGUGCCGGACAGAAAACUAUGCAAAUUCCCAUGCAGGCCUGAAUGGCCUCCUUCGUGGACAGAAGUUGUUGAAUCUACUCAAACAACUGUCGGGCGAGGACAUGUUGCUGUUCAAGGAGAAGAUCAACUACAAGCUCGCAGGGAGCGGCGGAUUUGCGCCCCAUGUUGACUCGACAGCAUACACUCACAUCAAAAACAUCAAACACCUCGCUAUCCUUCUGGCUGUUGACCCAUCGGAUAUGUCCAACGGUGGGCUGGAGGUCGUUGAAGGGAGCCACGAAAUGAACGUACCCAUUGGUGAAGACAACUGCAUCGAGCCGGACUGGGUUAAGCAGCAGAAAUGGACCCCAGUGGAGCUCAAAGCAGGGCAAGUUCUUGUUUUUGGCUCAUAUCUUGCACACCGGAGUGGCGCCAACCAUAGUAAUCAGGACCGAAAAGCACUUUAUGCCACAUACAACUGUGCGAGAGAAGGCGAUCUGCAUGACGAGUAUUAUGCGCAUAGAAAAGUUGUAUGGCCACCUGCACAACUGCGGAAAAAGGGCGAGGAAUAUAAGGUAGGAGCACUGGUGUAUGGCUUUGGAAGCCCUAUGCUCAGUGUGGAUGCUGGGAAGCAACUCGAGUUCGAUGAAGAAGAGUGGAAGUCUAAACCCAGAGCUGCAAAGGCUGCGUCCCGCAUUAUCGACAUUCUCAACCAGUAUGGGAAUAGCGACUACAUCGGCGAACCGAUAUCGCAGAUCGAACAUUCGUUACAGUGCGCCUAUCUUGCCGCUCAGAAUAUGGCGGACCCUCAGACAGUUGCUGCCGCUUUGCUCCAUGACAUUGGGCAAAUCAUCCCGGAAAGAGAUGCUGAGCACAUCCUGGGUGGAGCUCAGGUACGGAGCAUGCGUCAAAAUAGCGGGAUCGGCGCAGAUUCGAGGAGCUCAGAUAGCGUGGGCAGGGUUUCCCAUGAGACAUUGGGGGCUCAGUAUCUGCUGGCGUUAGGUUUUCCAGCCAAAGUGGCUGAACUCGUCGAGGCUCACGUUCCUGCAAAGCGUUACCUCUGUGCCACAGAAAAGGGUUACUAUAGCACCCUGAGCGAUGCAAGCAAGGAGAGUUUGCGAUUCCAGGGCGGCCCGAUGAGCCCAGAUGAAGUGCGACUAUGGCAGGAAGGCAGCUGGGCGGACGAGAAAGCCAAUCUGAGGAGAUGGGAUGACGGAGCCAAGGUGGUUGGCUUGACUGUACCUGGGUUAGAGACAUAUCGACCAGUUUUAGAGCAGGUCUUGAGUUCUUGA